CAUUAGCUUUCAGUCGGGGGGAGAAAGUCUUCCGCCAAGGAAGGCCUUAUGGCCUUCCCGUAUAGCCCUAGGUUUUCACUUGGUCAGUCCUCCACUCAUCACUCACACCCUCAAACUCCCCAGAUUUGGCAGGUGCACGAUGCUGUUGUACGGUCUAGCCGUCGUCCUGACCACGUUCCUGGGUACCAGAGCGACCCAGGGAAAAUCUAAUCAUACAGUGACGGCAGAAGCUUGGUUUGACAUCGAGAUAGUGGACUUUGAUGGUCCGGGAGACGACUACAGGGGAAGAUUUGUCAUAGCUCUCUUCGGCAAAACCGUUCCGAUGACCGUUAUGAAUUUCGCCAACAUCGCCAAAGGUUUCGAGAGGAAGAAAGAACAUGGGAGAUCAGAAAAAUUACACUAUAAAAAUACUUACAUCCAUCGAGUGGUUCCAGACUUUGUGAUCCAGGGCGGUGAUGUCACAACAGGAGAUGGCACAGGAGGUAAGAGUAUUUUCGGAGAGAAGUUUGUGGAUGAGAACUACGUGUUGAGUCACCAGGCGGCUGGGUACGUGUCCAUGGCGAACCACGGUCGAGACACGAACGGCUCCCAGUUCUUCAUCCUCCUGAACAAGGCCCGCUGGUUGGACAAGAAGCAUGUCGUCUUCGGCAAAGUUAUCAGAGGAAUGGACACAAUCAGAACUAUUGGAGAAGUACCCACAGGUUCAGAUGCCAAACCCAAGAAGAAGGUGAAGAUCAUAGACUGUGGCGUAGAUGAACUUGACGCCGACAAAGUUUACGAUUUGUCAGAGAAAGAGAUCUUAUCGGACGAAGAUACAGACAGAGAAUAAAUAAAACUGAUGUAAAAAAAAAUUUUCUCAUUCACAAAUUAUUUAAAAGUGGUAUAUUUAUAUUUGAUAUAUAUGCAUGUGACGCCGAUGAUAAGUUGAAGUGAAAAAAUGGCGGAGAUCAAAGCUUACAUCAUGAAACACUUAUGGCAUCUGCACGCCUGUCUCAUUUAUGCUUGGAAUUAUAUAUUUGUUGCACUAGACUUGACGAGUAGAUAGAUACGCAAAUGCUUUGUCCUCUUUAUGUAUUCUUCCACAUGCAGUAUGGAAGAAUAUGAAUUUACCUGCGGUAUUGUACUUAAAUUUGAGAUAUAGACAUGUGUAAGUAUUGAUGUGUAAUAGAAGUGCUAAUGAUGAUGUGAUGUGACUAACUAAGUUAUGUUAUCAUUGGUAAUUUUGUAUGCAGUGUAAGUGUUAGACGAAUCUAUAUACCCAACUGGGACCUAGCACUUGAAUGGUUCUUUUUAUGUGUGUAAGUCAAGUGGUUAAAAAAGGUUUCUGCACAUUGAAACGAUGCGAAACUGCGGCAAAGUACUUAAUUUUCAAUUUUGUGUGCAGUAUGU